GACAAGAAACAUAAACAAAGCACAAUUCAGGAAUUUAAUAAGAAAAUUAAUUGAAUAAACUAUUCGAAAAAUGGAGAAAAGCAAAUCCGCCGCGGAGAAGCUAGCGGAGCGCAAGGCGCGCCUCCUCGAUCUGCACAAGAAGCGCCAGGAAGCGCGUACGGAUAAUCACCAGGAAGUUGUGGCAGAAGACGCCCGCAAGAAACUGCCAAACAACUGGGAGGCCCGCAAGAGACAGGCUGAGUGGCUGCUGGCGGACGAUAAGGCGCGAGCGGAGGCACAGGCAGCGGGAAAGGACUAUGAGCGCCUCAAGCUCCUCGAGGUGUCGGCUGUAGAUGCAGAUCGUAUUGAGAGGAAAAAGAAGCGAAAAGACAAUCCCGAUCUGGGAUUCUCCACCUACGAAGCCCAGACAGCCAGACAAUACAGCCGACUUGUUAAGAACAUGCCUGCCCGCGACAUGAACAAAUACGAGAAGCAGAAAGCCGAGCUCGGGAACUCCUUCUAUGGCGGCCCAAACACAUCAUUGCAUUCCCGGACAAAGGACACGCCAGGCGCUAUCAACAACAUGGUUAAAGACCUGGAGCAGCAAAUCGAGCGACGCAAGAAGUACUCUCGACGACGCAUCUACAACGACGAUGCCGAUGUGGAUUUCAUCAACGAACGCAACUCGAAGUUCAACAAGAAGCUCGAUCGGUUCUACAGCGAGCACACGGCGGAGAUCAAGCAAAAUCUGGAGCGCGGAACAGCCAUCUAGACGUCUUAGUUAUAAUAUUCCCAUACCAUGUAAUUUUAAGUUUUGCAGUGUACCUAAUUUUCUUUAUGUGCGUACAUUUUCUAUUAAAGCAAGUUGGCAGUUCUGCCACAAAAAUGGUUCAAACCUGCGGGAA